AUGGCCACCGAGCUCGCGCGGCGCACCAUCAUUUUUGUGCCAUUCCCAGGGCAAGGCCACGUCAUCCCGAUGCUGCGCCUGGCGCGCAUCCUCGUGGACCGCGGGGACAUCUCGGCCACCGUCGCCGUGCCUGACUUCAUCCACCGCCACAUGGGCCAGCACUCUGUCCCGGGGGUGGCCUUUGUCUCCAUACCCAGCGGCGUCCAGGACGACGGCGAUCAGCCCCCGGGACCUCCGAGCUUCCUGCAUUCCUUGGAGCACUACAUGCCGGCCCAACUGGAGGCCAUGCUGAUGGCGCCGCACGGCACAAGGGCCGGCCGCGUCUCGUGCCUGGUUAUCGACCUCCUGGCGUCGUGGGCGAUACCGGUGGCCGCGCGGUGCGGCCUGCCGGUUGUUGGGUUUUGGCCGGCGAUGCUGGCAAGCUAUCGCACCGUGGCGGCAAUCCCGGAGCUUAUGGACAAGGGUCUCAUUUCUGAAUCGGGUAUGCCUUCAAACAUUGCAGAUCUCGACAUAUUGCCGGCUAAGUUAAACCUUAGAUUCCAAGAUCUUCCAUGGCUCAUCAGCAAUAGCGCAGUAUCCCAGAAAUCAAGACUAGCCUUCUGGUUACAGAUAGCGAAUCGUGCGAAAAGCCUCAGCUACAUCCUUGUCAACUCUAUCCCCAGUGAAGGUGGCGACUCUGACAAGUAUGAUCCACCACAGGGUCAGGAAAUCCUCCCCAUCGGGCCGGUAUUACUCAAUGACGACUCGACGAAGGCUACUGCAGUGUGGCAGACUGACCAGACUUGCAUUGACUGGUUAGACCAGCACAGUGUUGGUUCGGUGAUCUACGUUUCAUUCGGAAGCUGGGCUGCACCUAUGGAACCUGAGAAAAUAAGUGGAUUCGCACAUGGUUUGGAGGCCUCUGGCCAACCAUUCUUGUGGGCUCUCAAGAACCACCCAUCAUGGAGAGCAGGCCUCCCUGACGGGUACAUGGAGAAGGUAGCCGGCCGUGGCAAGAUUGUCUCGUGGGCACCGCAGGAUGACAUUCUGAAGCACGAGGCAGUGGGGUGCUAUAUCACGCACUGUGGCUGGAACUCGGCAUUGGAAGCUGUACGGCAUGGGGUUCGCAUGAUAUGCUACCCGAUCAAUUCAGACCAUUUCGUCAACUGUGCAUACAUGGUUAACAUGUUGGAGAUUGGAAUUCUGCUGGUUAGCAGUGACAGCAGCGAUGUGAAAGAUUGCAUUGAAAGAGUCAUAAAAGGCAAUGAAGGAAGGCAUUUACAGCAAAUGGUCAAUAAAAUGAGAGAAACAAUCACGGUUGGUGAGGCAAUGUGUGUUGCCAAGAGGAAUCUCAGCCUAUUCAUGGAGAGAAUGAAGAGCAACUAG